AUGCACAAUACAUGUACCGGAAACCAUCAAAUUUUAGAUGAAAAUUCAAACGAUGAUGAGGCAGGGAGCACCAGUGCUAACUCUCGAACAGCCGAAUCAACCUCCGAUAACGACGAGGUUCAUAGUCUCGAAGAUAGUAACGAAGAACCUGAACAGUCCGAGUCUUUGAAAUCAUUGCCUAAGCAAUUGCGGUGUGCUAGUCACACUUUGAAUUUGGUUUCAGCGGUGGACAUCUUGAAAAUAAUCAAAUCCUCAGAUUAUCUGUCUGCUAAGCAUUUUGCAGCGAUGGAGAAAUGUAUGAAUUUAUGGAACGCACUUCGUUCGCCAAAAUCAAGAGAGAUUUUUCACGAACAUGUAGGAGCAGCAUUACCUCGACCUGUGGUCACGAGAUGGAAUUCGCUCUAUGACGCUCUGGGGCGUAUUGUUGUUUUAAAAGAACAAAUCGUUCAGGUAAGCCCUCAACUUCGUGUAACGAAUGCUUUAAAUGAAAACGAUUUCAGAUAUAUCGAAAGGUAUUUGAAGAUCCUGAAACCCAUCGCAGAAACGCUUGACCUUCUCCAGGGAGAAAAGUUUUGUCAUUAUGGAUAUCUUCUUCCAUCUUUGGUGUCGUUGGAAAGGAAAUUAAAAAUGCUGCAGAGCUCAGAAGCGAAUACACGAUUUUCAUCCUUGAUCACUGGUUUGAUCAAGUCGCUCAAUGAUCGAUUUAAACCAUUCUUUGAUCUCGACGAUACAGUCGCCGGAGCAGCUGUUGCAGCUUGCAGCCAUCCGCGCUUCAAAUUGCGAUGGCUAGUUUCUCUUCCAGAGUCCAUUUACCAAAAAGUAGAGGGUAUUUUUCUACAGGCUGCAACCGAAGAAUAUAAAAAAAGGCGGCAAGUAACUGCCGAAGAAAAUGUUACUGCUCAACCAGUCGAUGACUUUUUUGAUUUUGGAGAGGACCCUCAGGUGUUCAUUCCUCAUGAAAGUCCAACAGUUAGUGUCGAAAUCGCAAGGUACAUGGCAAGUCCUAGCACGAACUUGGAAAUGCUAGAAGAACAUCCGCUCAUCAAAAGAUUAUUUAUUAAAUUUAAUACGCCCCUACCAUCAUCUGCACCUGUUGAGCGAUUGUUUAGUUAUGCGACAAUGAUGAAUCUGCCCAAAUGGAAUCGUUUGACAGACGAACAUUUUGAACAGAGGGUACUUUUGAAAGCUAAUGCCGCCAAAGUGUCAAAUACCAACAAACUUGACAAAACUCGAACAAACUUGUCAAAGAAAAUUGACAAACUCGAUUGA